CGUACAAUGUCUCGUUGCGUUAUUGAUGAGACAAUCCGAAAAACCUUCGGACAGUCCCUUAUCAAUCCCCACCUUCCCUUUUCCCAAUAACCUCCAAAACUAAGGUCAAAUCAAAAUUCAGAUUCACUAAAAUAAAAAAAAUAAAAAUCCAACUGUUUUACUGUAUACCCUACCGCAUUUCCCCCCUUUUAUAAAACCCCCACCUCAAACCCCCUCCUCUCUCUCCUCCUCCCCACAACUCCACAACAAUGGCGUUUUCUGUCUCCUAUUCUUCAACCACCCUUUUCCUCUCCAUUUUCUCUCUCCUCAUCCUCCUCACUCUCCAACAAGAACAACCGCCGCUUAACUCGGUGGAGCAGGAAUCUGUCUACCUCGCUCUUGAAUCAGUUAACCCAGAAACCCCAUGGCGUACUCUUUACUCUGACGACCUCUGCCUCUCCUCCCCGCACGGCGUUGUUUGCGGCCUUUUUCCUGACCCUAACUCUAACGACACCGUUUACACCACCCACAUUACAGAGCUCAACUUCGGAUAUGUUGCAGAUUCUUCUGAUAAUCCUCCUUGCUCUCCUAAUUCCUCUUUUCCGUUUUCUCUCUCCUCCUUGUCUCACUUGCGUAAACUCUUCUUCUACCGCUGUUUUACCCACCAUCCUGUUUCUCUCCCCUCACUCAAAACGGUGUCGUCUGAGCUCGAGGAGCUUGUUUUCAUGGAGAAUCCGUCGCUGUAUGGGUCACUCAGUGGCGUUUUCGGUAAUUUCACUUCUUUGAAAAGGUUUAUUUUGACAGGGAGUAACGUCUCUGGUGGUAUCCCUGGUGAAAUUACAAAACUACCUUCGCUCGAGCAGGUUACUAUUUCUGGGAAUAUUAAUGUGGGAAAGGGAAUGAUUCCAGAUAAUUUUGGGAGUCUGGAGAAAUUAAGGGUACUUGAUUUAAGCAGAAAUGGGUUUAAGGGUACUGUCCCAAAUUCUGUGGGUAACCUCAAAAAUCUGCUUAAACUUGAUUUGAGUUAUAAUAAUUUUGUGGGUGAAAUUCCGGAAAGUUUGAAGAAUUUGCAAAACCUUGAAUUUCUUGAUUUAGGGUUCAAUAAAUUUGGGAAUUUUGGGGUUCCUUUGUUUUUAGGUCGCAUGCCAAGAUUAAGGGAAGUUCACUUGAGCGGAAAUAUACUCGGAGGGGCGAUUCCGGAGAUUUGGGAAAACCUCAGGGGUAUUUUGGGAAUCGGGCUUUCCGGGGUCGGUCUCGUUGGUGAAAUUCCUUCUUCCAUGGGGGUAUUUUUGACAAAUGUGAGCUACAUUGGGUUGGACAAUAACAAACUUGAGGGUACAGUGCCAACAGAGUUGGGGUUGUUGGAUCAUGUAAAUGAAGUGAAUUUACAGAAUAACCGAUUAAGUGGUAGAAUUCCCUUUUCUGCCCCUUUUGUUUCUAGACUUGGUGGGAAGCUUAAACUUGAGGGUAAUUCUGGAAUUUGCUUGGAUAGGAGCAUGAAAUGGUCUGUUAAUCAAGUAAAGAGUGGUUUGAGGAAUUUGAGUAUUUGCAAGUCUACAACAGAAAAUCCCAAUGCUGCCCUUUUCGUUGAUGGCGGUGACUCUCUGGGGCUGGAUUGGUGUUUGGUUAUCCUAUUAGGGGUAUUUUGGUCAUAUUAUAUAGCUGGUUGUUAGUAAAUGUGACUGACAUUUUACUCUGUCAGGGCACAACAAAUUUUGUUGAAGAGUGAAGAUCACCCUUUAUAUUUUUGGCUAACCUUAAGGUAGAUGGAAAUGUAAAUUGUCUUUCAGAUUUGCAUUUUUGUUGUAAUUAAAGUAGUGCUAACUAGCUGCAAAGCUGUGUAAUUAUCGUAUUUUGUUUAAUUAUAAACUACUUUUACUA